AUGAUUAGCUGUGCUUAUUAUGAAUAUACCGCAAGCUGCAGCAACUCUUAUAAAUGUCAUCUAAAAGUAUUUCACAAACAUAGUUAUAACAAAAGAUUAGUUUGCAGUCAGGGUGGUUGUCCGAUGGAAUAUAAUUCUUUUCAAAGUCUUUCAAAGCAUAUUGAAAAAUCUCAUCGAGAAGUUAUUUUAGGACCUACUUUAGAAGAAGCAGAUACUAUGCAACGAUGUUUCCAUUCAAAUAACUUGUCUCUAGCUGUUCACAAUACCGAACCUGUUUGCCCAGAUAAUAUGUUAAAAUUUGGUAUAAAAUUUGAUGAAAUCGAUGGUAUAUUUGAAGAUUCCGCUUAUUUCAUUUCUAAACUAAGAAGUUAUUCUAAUAUACCCCUAAUCACUACAUUGAAAAUUGUUGAUGCAUGUUCAGACUUUGUGUCAUCAAUUGUAACAGGAAUUAGUAAUGAGACCCAAGGAAUAUUUGACAAGCAUGGUCUCCAAAAAGAUGAAUAUAAUAGUUUCUUUGAAAAUAUCUUACGCCUCCAAAAACCUUUUCAAGGCUUAGAAACUAAAGGAGUAGUUUGCUCAACUUGUAUAGCAGCAGGGCAAUAUGUUUCAUUAAAGCAGUGUCUUGAAGUUUUUCUUUGUCUUCCUGGUGUACUUGAUGAAAUAAGAAGUAAUACAAAACCAUCUACUAAUGAAACUGCUAAUCCAUUAGGUUCACAUAGCACUGUUCACAAAAUUGGAGCUUUGUGUACAAUUCUAAAAUGUUUAAAAUCACUACAUAAUUCAAAACUUGAGAAUAUUUUGUUAAGUGCAGUUAUAUAUUCUUCUGAUCGCAUUAAGUAUUCGAAUAAAGAUGCAUUUUCUAUAUACAUAGAAGAAAUGAUAGAAUUAGAAACAAAAGGUUUUACUAUAAAAAUAGAUGGUAAUGAAUUUAAAAUAUAUGUUGUUCUUGCUCAAAUUAUUGGUGACAAUCUUGGUUUAAAUGGAAUAUUAGGUUAUGUUGAAAGUUUUACUGCAACAUACCCAUGCAGAAUAUGCAAAAUGAAACGUAAAGACUUUGACAGUAUUUUUGUUGAAUCUGUUGAAUUACUUAGAACUAGAGAAUGUUAUGAUUAUGAUGUUUCUUUCAAUAAUUGUUCCCUAAAUGUAUUUCAGAAAAAGUUCUUCAAUCUAGGUGACAUAAAUAGCAGAAUGAGAAAUUUUUCAUAUGAUCACUCGUCAUUUCCUUCCUGUCCCACUAAGUAUCAAAUAAAAAAUGGUUCAACUAAUAUUGGUGCAAUUGAAAUGCUAAAUUUGGUUUUAAGCUUUCCUUUAUUAGUUGGAGAUUUAGUUCCUUUAGAAGACAAUGUUUGGGUUGUUUUUUUAUUGUGUGGCUUAACUUUAAAGUUUCAUAACCUUAUUCAUUAUCCACGUAUUAUUAAAAUGCUUGGCUCGCUAAGUCAUAUGUGGGUAAUGCGUUGCGAAGGUAAAUUAAGAGGUUUUAGGAGAACUGCUUCGUCUGUAGAAAAUUUUAAAAAUGUUUGUAAAACAGUAGCCAUAAGACACCAAAUGGAUCAGUCAACUCGAUUCAUGGCAAAACAUGGCUUAAAAAAUAAUAAAUUUUGUGUUGCUAAAACUGAACCUAUUUUACUUAUAUCAGAGUUGAUUGGUAAAUAUACUGAACUAUAUCAGAGUUGA